AUGGAGCACGCCGACCCAUUCCUCCAAGUCCAAGCUGACGUCCUCUCAACUCUCCAAUCAAGCCGCCCCCUCUUCUCCUCAUACCUACGAAUCCGGUCCCUGGCCAAAAACCCCUCAAACCCCGAACUCAAGCAAUCGCGCUCCGAACUCGAAACCACCAUCACAGAACUAAGCGCCGACCUCGACGACCUGGUCGAAAGUGUGCGCGCAAUCGAGCAAGACCCCUACCGCUUCGGCCUGGAAUUAGAAGAGGUGCAGCGCCGGCGCAAACUCGUCGACGAUGUCGGGGCCGAGGUGGAAAAGAUGCGGCUCGAGCUGCAACAGACUGUGAAUCAUUCUGCGGAAGCUGCGUUGCCGAAUCCGACGGAGUUUGACGUCGCGCUGGAAGAAGAGGAGCGGGAGCGGCAGCAGCGUGGUGGGCGGGAUGAUGAGGACUACUACGCUUCAAUGGAGCAGCAGCGGCAGACGGAGCUUAUGCAUGAACAGGAUGAGCAGUUAGAUGGUGUGUUUCGGACGGUGGGGAAUCUGCGUGAGCAGGCUAGUCAUAUGGGGAGGGAGUUGGAAGAUCAGGCUAUCAUGCUUGAGGAGGUUGAUACGUUGGCUGAGCGGGUCGGGGGAAAAUUGUCCAGUGGAAUGAAGAGGAUACGACACGUUGUUCGUGAGAAUGAGGGUAAGUUUGAUCAAGUCUACUUCUACUGCCUGCUACUUCUGCAGGAUAACUGCUCUGUUCUGGGAGUGGGUUGA